AUGCCCGUUACUCGCCGACAAGCUGCUCUGAAGCAGGGAAAAAAGAAGGAUAAAUCGGAGGGAACAACACAGACCAAAGUUGAAGAGAAUGAUGAGGUGCAAGUUGGGGACAAACGCCAAGUCGGCAAUGCCAAUGAGCUCGAGGGCGAAGUAGAACCGCCAAUGAAGAAGAAUAAGGCAGAAGAAGACGAAGAAGAUGACAAGCCUACCGUUUCAUUAAUUCGCCAUACAGGAACCAUUGAGCGCGGACAUAUAUACUUCUUCUACCGACCUCGCGUCGAGAUGGAGGAGGCGCACUCUAUUGAUGACGUGCAAAGGUUGCACAUGCUACUGGUCCCAAGGCCGCCAAAAUUCAGUGUCCUCGACGGCGAGAAACCCAAACUCGACAGAGACGACGCCGAGGACGACGACAUGGCGGUCCUGCAAGAGGGUGCUGAUGCCGUUCCCGCGAAGGCCACCCUGGAUACAUUCGAGAAACACUACCGCCUCAUUACUAUCGGAAAGAAGGCAUUGCCGCAUCCUGAAGUCACCAGUAGGCGCGAGCGUGUAUUCUGGGCGGCAGUGACUGCUGUUGGGGAUGACUUGCACUCGCUUGAAAAGGGAUUGAGAGCGAAGUCGUAUGAAACCAAAACUAGAGGCACGAGACACAAGGAAGCGUCUCGUCUGGCGGCCAGAGGUGUUUAUGCGAUCGUCAACAACGAACCGUCAGUUCCAUCGAAAGCUGCGACGCACUUGGGGUUCUUCAUUUCCCACCCAGAGAAAAUGGGAGAGGUGCAAGAGGCCCUGGGUAUUCAGAAGGCCUCGUCGUUUGUCCUACAGGUCAAGAAUCCACUUGCUCCAAACACUGGCGGCGUGAGGACGCCAUCUUCGAAGCAAGUCAAUUACCCGGAGAGCAUCAUGAAGUCUGUCUUUGGUCAAGGGACCAAGGGAAGAGAGUCCUAUGGUUUACGGUUCGUCGAUUGUCAGACCAUUGAGCUCCUGGAAUAUGAAGGUGCCGAGCUGCUGCUCAUUGCGUCCCGAAGUGGGGAGGAAGGAGUAGAGACAAGCCUUGGUGGCGGACGCGGCGAAGCGUUGGAGCAAUUGGAGGAGAGCGAGGCUUCUGAGAGCAUUGGCGAAAUCUUCAGGGAGCUUGCGCUAGAUCAAGAUGAAUUUCCUCAAGACGCUCUCAAAGGGGAAUGGAUAUAA